AUGUCACAGUGGUUUGUAAACAACUCCGAGUCCUCGGCCAUGAAGUUGGAAGUGUUCCAAGUGCCGUUUACACACGAGACCACGGAAGCCUUUUUGAACAACUGGCUGGACGUCUCCCUUUACCAGGCACCGGACUUGUCCUUUUGGGGCAGGUACAGGGUGUUUUCGGCGCUGAUGGCCAAGGGGAGGGAGCUGGGCAUGCAGGUGUGCGACGGGAUACUGAAGAACGAGGAGCUGGUGCAGAGACUACGGGAGGCCAAGUUCAAGGUCCUGCUCUCUGACCCAGUGCAGGUGUGCGGGGAUCUCCUGGCUUUGAAGCUUGGGGUUCCCCUCGUCUUCACCCUGCGGUUCUCCCCGGGCUUUACGUUGGAGAGACACUGUGGACAGAUGCCAACCCCGCCCUCCUAUGUCCCAGUCAUUCUGUCAGAGUUGUCCGACAAGAUGUCCUUCGUCGAGAGGUCUCAGAAUGUGCUCUACUCCUUCAUGUACGACUGGGUGUUCCUGCGGUGCCCCCUCACCCCCUUCAUACACCCCUGGAAUUCUGCCCACAGCUGA